AUGGCCGAAGAACAAGAAUCAACGUCAAUUCCUCUCAGUCAAGGGGAUAAUGCAUCUCGCGACGAUCCCGAAGACCCUGCCAAGUCUCCACCAAGCUCACCCAACUCCUCCACUCGCAGGGCUUGCUGCUUUGUUCUCCAGAGUUGGGUCUCAAAGAAAUUUAUGACUGGAUGUGUAGUUCUUUUUCCAGUUGCUGUUACCUUCUUUAUUACAUGGUGGUUUAUUCAGUUUGUUGAUGGUUUCUUUAGUCCAAUAUACUCCAGGCUUGGCAUUGAUAUAUUUGGACUUGGUUUCAUUACAUCAUUAGCUUUCGUAUUUCUUAUUGGUGUUUUUGUUUCGUCAUGGAUGGGAGCUACUGUUUUCUGGAUUGGAGAAUGGUUCAUAAAGCGAAUGCCCCUUGUUAGACAUAUAUACUCUGCAUCCAAGCAGAUUAGCGCUGCAAUAUCCCCAGAUCAAAAUACCACUGCCUUUAAAGAGGUAGCAAUUAUCCGGCAUCCGCGCGUUGGUGAAUAUGCCUUUGGUUUUAUUACAUCAACUGUUACUCUACAGAAAGAUAAUGAAGAUGAGGAGCUUUGUAGCGUUUUUGUCCCUACGAACCAUCUGUAUAUUGGUGAUAUAUUUUUGGUUAACUCCAAAGAUAUUAUAAGACCAAAUCUUUCAAUUCGAGAAGGCAUAGAAAUCAUUGUUUCCGGGGGAAUGACUAUGCCGCAGUUGAUAACUCCGGUUGAAAGGGCUACUCGACCGAAUGAAAGAAUUUCUUUAAAUAGAAUUGGAUAA